CGAGAGGACACACAAAUCACAGAUGCAGCGGCUUACCGUUCGACAUCUCACACGCUCUGAGACAGCUACAAUCAAAAGACAGAGAAGUUUGAAGGCUUUCCUGGAAGCUGCGGACUCGAAUAACGGACUGGGAUCAUGUCUCUGGAAGUGAAGGAAAAGACAGAAGUGCGCUUGGUGUUCAUGGGAGCAGCAGGUGUGGGAAAAACAGCCCUGAUUAAACGUUUCCUACAAGACAGCUUUGACCCCAAACACCGGCGCACGGUGGAGGAGCUCCACAGCAAGGAGUACGAGGUGGCUGGAGUCAAAGUGACCAUCAACAUCAUGGACACAAGCGGCAGCUACUCCUUCCCGGCCAUGAGGAAGCUCUCCAUCCAGAACGGAGACGCAUUCGCCCUGGUCUACUCCGUGGAUGACCCCGAAUCCCUAGAAGCCGUCAAGAGACUGCGUGAGGAAAUCCUGGAGGUCAAGGAGGACAAGUUCACCCCCAUCGUGGUGGUGGGCAACAAAAAAGACCGACUGCAGGAACGAAGGGUAUCGGCGGACGACGUUCUGGUGAAGGUGGAGCUGGACUGGAACAACUGUUUUCUCGAGGCCUCGGCUAAAGAAAACGAAAACGUGAUGGAGGUGUUCAAGGAGCUGCUUCAGCAAGCAAACCUCCCCAGCCGUCUCAGCCCGGCUUUGCGCCGUCGCAGAGAGACCUUUCCCAAGGACAUGAGUCUACGACCACCCAUGAACAAGACCAACAGCUGCUCCGUCUCCUAAAGAUGGCAAGAAAAAGAUUUUUUGAGAACGAAAAGGGUUGAGUUGCUUCUCAACGCCAAUGUUGAAGAUGAGGAAGGCUCUUCGAGGGCGUGCAAAUAAGCUUUUGUUACAUAGCGAAACCUCCCCUUAAUCCUGCUCCAAAAUCAGCGUCCUCCGCAGUGAUGAAGGAAGAGGGAUUACAGGCGAAGGGGAGAAAGAUCAAAGGACAAUGAACUGUUGCAUUUGUGCAAAGAUUCUCUUGAAUGUUCUGAUACUGGUUUUGAGUUCCUGGAGUUGUGUAAAGAGCUACUGCAAUGUUCAGUCACGCAUACGUCAAAUGACAUUGCAAUAUUGUAAUGCCGUAGCAUUAAUGUUUUUUACCGUAAUUUAAAAUUUGACCGUAUGACAUUCUUGGGUUUACAAAGUAUUGAAGUCACGUGUCCAUUUUCUAAAUGUCUGCGCUGUGCACAUGCACUUUUAUUCUUUUGAAAACUCAUUUCAUGCACUGGUGUCUUUUUCCUUUCUUUUCUCCGUUUCUUCGGGCGAUUUUGUACAUUCUCAGUUUUCUUUCACAUGUAAAGGAAAAAAUAAAAAGAAAUCUAAUGGCA